AUGGUUUCUGCCAAUGCCACUUCGAUCCUCAGUACGCUGAUCACAGCUAACCACGUCCUCCACUAUCAUUCGGUACUCCAUGCAUAUGGCCACAUCUCGGUCCGGAACCCAGAGAAUGCCUCCACAUUCUUUUUUGCCAGAACCUUAGCGCCAGCACUCAUCUCAUCUACUGAGGACAUCAACGAGCUCAACGUCGCUGAUGCAUCACAGACAGACCCAACCCGUCCCAGAAGCUUCGUUGAGCGCUUCAUACAUAGUGAGAUCUACAAGCGCUUCGAGGACGUCAAUAGUGUCGUGCACAGUCAUUCUCCACAGGUGCUUCCAUACACAAUCACUGACGUGCCACUCAAGGCUGUAUACCAUCUGCCAGGUUUCCUUGGCGACCAAGGAGUUCCAAACUUCGACAUUGCCGAGUUCUAUGAGCCAGGCGAUCAGCAGGAUCUCCUGGUAAGCAACACACGGCUUGGUGCCGCCCUAGCCAACACCUUCAAUGUCAACUCAACAACAAAUUCGUUCCCAGAUCCGCCGGCCGUGCUCAUGCGCGGCCACGGCCUUGCUGUAGCAGGUGAGACCAUCGAACAAGCUGUCUUCUUUUCAAUCUAUACACAGAGCAAUGCGGAAAUCCAGUCCAGCGCGAUAGAGCUGGAGCAUGCAUUUCCAAAUACUGGCGAAGGAAGCGGCUUGCGGUAUCUGACUGCGCAAGAGGGUAUAGAUUCUUGGGCAACCAAUAAGCCUCUCAUCAUUCGGCCUUGGGAGCUGUGGCAGAGGGAGGUUCAGACCGUAGGACAAGGGCUGUACGUCAAUGGGCUGGAGCACUAG